AUGCAAAGGAAGUCUGGGAAAUACUUCCCAUAUCCUCAGGCACACAGGGGCAGCACCUCAGAGCGCAGCCCACGGACACUUCCUCACAGCAACAUCCCCCUUGGAAAGGGGCAGCCCAGGAGGGGAUCGCAGGGGCUUCGUGCACGGUGCAGGAGGACCUCCAAGAGCGGCGGAAGGUCUUUAGUAAUUAUUAGCACUUUGGAUGGACGAAUUGCUGCACUGGAUCCAGAAAAUAGUGGGAGAAAACAGUGGGAUCUGGAUGUGGGAUCUGGUUCUCUUGUGUCAUCCAGCCUCAGCAAACCAGAGGUAUUUGGAAAUAAGAUGAUAAUUCCUUCCUUGGAUGGGGACCUUUUCCAGUGGGAUCGAGAUCGAGAGAGCAUGGAAGCGGUUCCUUUCACAGUUGAAUCUCUUCUUGAGUCAUCCUACAAAUUCGGCGAGGACGUCGUUUUAGUUGGCGGAAAAUCUUUAACAACCUACGGGCUGAGCUCGUAUUCGGGGAAGGUGAAGUACAUCUGCUCGGCCAUGGGCUGCCGCCGCUGGGACGACGACGAGUCGGAGCAGGAGGACACUCUCCUCCUGCACCGAACCCAGAAAACGGUCCGUGCUGUUGGCCCGCGCAGUGGCAAUGAGAAGUGGAAUUUCAGCGUUGGUCACUUUGAACUGCGCUAUGUCCCAGAUAUUGAAACUAGAGCGGGAUAUAUUGAGAGCAAUUUUAAAGCAAAUAUGAACAAAGAAGAAACUAAAAUAAUUUCAGAUGUGGAGGAGCAGGAAGCUGUAAUGAAAGAUACAGUGAUAAAGGUCUCUGUAGCUGACUGGAAGGUUAUGGCUUUUAAUAAACGAGGAGGACAUCUGGAAUGGGAAUACCAGUUUUGCACUCCAAUUGCUUCUGCAUGGCUGGUUAAAGAUGGCAAAGUGAUUCCAAUCAGUCUGUUUGAUGACACAAGUUACACUGCGAACAAUGAAGCUUUAGAAGAUGAGGAAGAUCUUGUGGAAGCUGCCAGAGGGGCCACAGAAUCCAGUGUCUAUUUGGGUAUGUACAGGGGCCAGCUCUAUCUGCAGUCAUCAGUCAGAAUUUCUGAAAAAUUCCCAACCAACCCAAAGGCUCUGGAAUCCAGAAAUGAUAAUGCAAUUAUUCCUCUUCCCAAAAUCAAAUGGAAACCCUUAAUCCAUUCUCCUUCCAGGACUCCAGUCCUGGUGGGCUCGGAUGAAUUUGACAAGUGUCUCAGCAAUGACAAAUAUUCUCAUGAAGAGUACAGUAAUGGAGCACUUUCGGUUCUGCAGUAUCCAUAUGAUAACGGUUAUUAUUUACCUUACUACAAGAGAGAAAGAAAUAAACGUAGCACCCAGAUCACCGUUAGAUUUUAUGAGGAUAUGAAUUACAAGAAUAUUCGCAAAAAAGAUCCCGUUCUUCUGCUUCACUGGUGGAAAGAAAUAGUUGGCACUAUUGUAUUCUGCAUCGUGGCCACAACUUUUAUUGUACGCAAACUUUUUCAUCCCCAUCCUCACAGCAGACUGCGGAAGGAAUCUGAAACACAGUGUCAGACUGACAGUAAAUAUGAGUCCGCGUGUGGAGAUGUUAAAGAGAGCAGCUGGAAUGAUGUCAAGAACUCUGGAUACGUGUCAAGAUAUCUGACAGAUUUUGAACCAAUUCAGUGCCUGGGUCGUGGAGGUUUUGGAGUUGUUUUUGAAGCCAAAAAUAAAGUAGAUGACUGCAAUUAUGCUAUCAAAAGGAUCCGUUUACCUAACAGGGAGCUGGCUCGUGAGAAGGUGAUGCGGGAAGUGAAGGCCCUGGCUAAGCUGGAGCACCCAGGGAUUGUCCGGUACUUCAACGCGUGGUUGGAGGCGCCGCCGGAGCAAUGGCAGGAGAAGAUGGAUGAGCAGUGGCUAAAGGAUGAAAGCACCGAUUGGCCACUCAGUUCUCCCAGUCCAAUGGAUGUUCCAUCAUUUAAGAUCAGAACAGAGCCAUUCUCUGCAAAAGAAUAUGUUGAAGUUAUUGCCACUUCAUCUGAGAGAGUAGGGUCCUUUUCCGUGGGGGUAUCCUGCGGACAGUCUGAUUCAUUGGAAAGCCGGUUUUCUCCUCUGGAAUUUUCUGCCACGGACAACAGGGACUUGCACCAGUCCAAAGAUCCCCUAUUAAACCUGCAGGACAGUGUUCUUAUGGGCUGUGAUGUGGAAGACAGUACCAUCAACACCACCCAGCUGGGUCAUUCCUUUGAAAUGUGCCCUGCAGCUAUCCCUGCGGUACACCUGAGGGAAGGGACGUCGUCCUCGAUUGUGUUUGAAGAUUCUGGCUGCGGAAAUGCUUCCAGUAAGGAGGAUAAAGUUGAUGUUUCACAUGAUGAAAGUGUUUCUGAGGAUAAGCCUACAAAUACGAAGGAGUCCAGUGACAGGAAAUCUGCUUCAGGAAGUCCCCUCUCAAUUUCUCCACCAAGGCCAACAAGUUUAAGCCUGGACUUUUCUAAAAAUACAACGGAAAAGGUCAAACCCACCUCUCCCAAAGUGUAUCUUUACAUCCAAAUGCAGCUCUGCAGGAAAGAGAACCUUAAAGACUGGAUGAGCAGAAGAUGCAUGAUAGAGGAGAGGGAAAGGACAGAGUGUCUGCAGAUAUUUCUGCAGAUAGCCGAAGCAGUUGACUUUCUGCACAGCAAAGGAUUAAUGCACAGGGAUCUCAAGCCUUCCAAUAUAUUUUUCACCAUGGAUGACAUAGUAAAGGUCGGGGAUUUUGGACUGGUAACUGCUAUGGACCAAGACGAGGAGGAGGAAUCGGUCCUCACGCCGAUGCCGGCCUACGCCAGACACACGGGACAAGUAGGGACCAAGCUCUACAUGAGCCCCGAACAGAUCUAUGGGAACACCUAUUCGCACAAAGUGGAUAUCUUUUCUUUGGGGCUGAUUCUCUUUGAGCUGCUUUACCCCUUCAGCACACAGAUGGAGAGGGUCAGGACCUUAAGUGAUGUCAGAAAUUUGAAGUUCCCAUCAUUGUUCACUCAGAAGUAUGCACAAGAGUACACCAUGGUGAAGGACAUGCUCUCUCCAAGCCCCACGGAGAGACCAGAGGCUGCAGUGAUCAUAGAAAACCCUGUGUUUGAAGACUUGGAACUGCCAGCAAAACCAGUGCUGAGACAGCGGUCACGGACAAUGAGUUUAUCAGGAAAUAAGCAUUCGAGACAACCAAGCAAAUAAACACCCUCAGGAUCCCUUCUUCCACUCGACAGGCUUUAAAGGGAUUGUUCAGCAGAAGGAUCCUGUGUUGCAGAAUGUCUAUCUUGGAAAUAGUUUACUUCAGCUUUUUUUGCCAUGUUUAAUGUAUAAGAUGCAUUGGACGGAUUUUGGUUUACUCCGACAGCCAAGGCAAGGCAGUAACUACACUUUUCACAUUCCAUUUUAAACUCUUCUAGGUGGAUGGGUCCAGCUACUGUGCUUACCAAUUUUGUGCUUCAUUAUCUUUUGUUUGGGUUUAUUGGGUUUUUUUUACGCUUGUAAAUGUCAGCUUGCUGGGUAAGUGAGAGAUCUGUAACAUGUAAAUAGAAUUAAAAUACUGUAUUUUUAUAGUGCAAAUUACAGUCUCUAAACCUAGUGAGUGUAUAUCCAGAUCACUUGCUCUUGAAAUGAAGAUGCUUUUGAAACAAACUAUGACUCCAUUUUUGUCCCUGGUGGGUAAACUGGAAAUUGCACUAUUUUUAAAGCAAAAAAGUACCACACCUGUACAUACGGUCACUCUCCAUGGUCAGUCAUUAGAGGAAAUUGUUUCGUAUUUCCGCACUAUUGUAGUUCUUAGGGAAUGCAUUUUAUACUGAUAAACCUGUAGAAAAGGAAAAGGAACUUUUUGCCAUGAAAAAGGGGGUUUAUAGAAAAUGGUUGGAAGAGCCAUAGUAAAAAGAAAUAUGUGCGAAAUGUUGUGCUUCUGAUGAUUUAAACCUAAUGAAGUCAUACGUGUCCUAUGUAAUCUUGUAGAUUUGUACUUUUUAAAAAAAAAAUCAAGUGGUAGGCAUUUGCUCUAAUCUGCUAAUUUAACUGCCUAAUACCAUGCUUUUAUUUCUCAGUGUAAAUAUGUUAAUUUUUAUUUAUAAAAUACAGAAUCAAUCCAUUUGGGUUGGUGGUGUACAGAAUGCACUUGCUGUAAUUGUUGGGUGCAUUAAUUACUGUGACUUUUUUCAAGUCUAAAUGAUUUAAUAAACUUUUUUAUUAAAAA